UCAAAAUAGACUUUUACGCCGAAUGAUAACUGAUAACUGAUAAAGUGAUAACUGAUAAAGUGAUAACUCACAAACAUGGUAAUCGACUUCAUCACAUGUUAUAGGGACCGAUUACCAUUCUAUUCCGAAUUUCUAAUGAAACGGUUUUCACUCAAUCACCUCGAAGGUGGCUUCUACACACCGGAAUCGAGUUACAUUGACAGCUAGUAAUCACUAAUCGUUAUAAAAUAACUUGUUAUAAGAUUACGGAAAUCAUUGUUAAGAAUAUGACACGUUAUCUAUAUGUGUUUUAUUGAACUAUAUUUUCUGUAACAAACUAAAAUUGUGUUGGUUACACUGUAACGUUAGCAUUUCGUCAAGGAAAUGUUUGUUAACAUUUUUAACGCCAUUUGAACUGCGUCUAGAAAAUUGUAGCGUCUCGUCAAAUUUUAUUUUGCUUUCGCCCCUCGGAAAUAAGAAACAAGAAAAGAUGCCGAUGACUUCUAUUAAGAAAAGGUUUGUGUCGGAUGGUAUGUUACGUGCAGAACUCAAUGAGUUCUUUACACGAGAACUUGCUGAAGAUGGUUAUUCUGGCGUUGAUAUCCGUACGAGCCCAUCGCGCACAGAAAUUGUUGUUUCUGCAACACGUACCCAUAACGUAUUGGGUGAUCAAGGACGCCGUAUUCGUGAACUUACAUCUCUCAUCAAAAAACGUUUCGAUUUCAAAGAUAAGGAAGUUGAACUUUUCGUCGAGAAAAUAGCACAACGUGGAUUGUGUGCUAUUGCCCAAGCAGAGUCUUUACGUUACAAGUUGGUUGGGGGUUUAGCUAUCAGGAGAGCAUGUUAUGGUGUAUUGAGAUUCAUUAUGGAAAGUGGAGCUAAGGGAUGUGAAAUCGUAGUGGCUGGUAAAUUAAGAGGUCAACGAGCCAAUUCCAUGAAAUUCGUUGAUGGACUUAUGAUUCAUAGUGGUGACCCAUGCAAUGAUUAUGUCAAUGUGGCUACUAAACACGUUUUGUUAAGACAAGGAGUUUUGGGUAUCAAGGUAAAAAUUAUGUUGCCGUGGGACCAAACAGGUAAACGUGGCCCAAAGAAGCCUUUGCCAGAUGUUGUCAUAGUUAAUGAACCCAAGGAAGAAAUUCUACCCAUAGUACCAACCAAUGAUAUUAAAUCUGAACCCGAAGUAGCAGUAACUGCUGUUCCAGAUGUACCUGUUGAUGGUUGAAAUGAUUAUAUAAAAUAA